UGCAGCGCCUGACUCUGUGCCUCUCGACCGCCCUACCUGGAUGUCGGCAAACGGGAACAAGCCGCACCCCGGCGGGCACGUGCGCCCGGCCUCAAAAGUCGAUGUCGGAAACUACACGCCGACCAACAUUCUCGUCACGGGCGGCGCGGGCUUCAUCGCGUCUCACGUCGUCAUCGGCCUGGUGGAGAAGUACCCACAGUACAAGGUGGUGUGUCUGGACAAGAUGGACUACUGCAGCAGCUUGCACAACCUCGACCAGGUCAAGGACAAGCCAAACUUCAGGAUGGUCAAGGGGAAUCUGCUCUCUGCGGACCUGAUGAACUACGUCCUCGAGACCGAGCAGAUCGACACCAUCAUCCAUGCCGCCGCGCAGACGCACGUGGACAACUCGUUUGGCAACUCGUUCGCCUUCACGGAGAACAACGUCCUCGGCACGCACGUCCUCGUGGAGGCUGCGAAGAAGGCUGGCAUCCGCCGCUUCAUCCACGUAUCGACCGACGAGGUGUACGGCUCCUCCUACUCCGAGGAGCCGAGCCGUAAGGAGGGGGACGUGCUCGAGCCGACCAACCCGUACGCGGCGACCAAGGCGGCCGCCGAGAACAUCGCGCGAUCGUACUGGCGCACUCCGCCCCGCCGCCGCGCGAGCCCCCCCCCCAGAACCUCGGCCAAUCCGGCGCAUUCUGUCCCUCAGGUGAUCCCCAAGUUCGUGCGGCGGCUCGUCAACGGACUGCCGGUUUGCAUCCACGGAGACGGCUCAAACUCGAGACACUUCAUCUUUGUGACGGACGUCGCGAACGCGUUCGACACGAUCAUGCACAAGGGCGUGGACGGCGAGGUGUACAAUAUCGGCUGCGACGACGAGUUCACCAACCUCGAGGUUGCGAAGAAGCUCGUGCAGGCGGUCACGCCCGGCAUCAGCGACGAGGAGGUUGCCGCGCAGAUCACGCACGUGGAGGACCGCGCCUUCAACGACGUGCGCUACUACAUCGACUCGAGCAAGCUGCAGGCGCUGGGCUGGAAGUGCCAGGUCAGCUUCGAGGAGGGGCUCAAGCGGUGCGUCGACUGGUACAAAGCCGUCGACAAGAACUGGUGGCCGAUCGGGACAGACUCGGCGCUCGCCCCCCACCCCGUAAAGCCCAAGGACGCAUCACCGUGUGAAGUCAUCAAGGGCAACUGACAGCAGCAGCCAAAGCCACGUUGAGUCAGCGAGGGAAGUUCUGAUAUGUACUGCAUGAGUAUGAAUCGAAUAAGUGUGUACUGUUGUACCUCAAGGUACGAGAUUUGUACAUGGCGCUC